GUUCUAGAAUAGAACAUAAUAGUAUUCCCUUCAAAUAAAAAUUAGUGCAAAUUUUUCUUCGACAUCUUUUAGAUUAGUUAAUCGCUUGUAACGCUAAUAAUCAUAUCAUUAAUUUAAAUAUUAGUGCAAAUACAUCGAAAUAUAUAAUAUAAAAACUCGUGAGAAGAAACUUUUUCUUUGCAACGCAAAGAAAAUUGGGAUUGAUACUUUUUGAAAUGAAGAAAAGCGAGUGAUUUUCAUUUCGAAAUUUUAUCGCUUAAUUUUAUAUCUGGAUACAGUGAUCGAUGAAUCAACUGUGCGGUUAAUCUCUUCCGAUCUUCACCGAUUUUAAAUAUAUAUCGUAGUUGCAACAAGUAGAAAAUGAAGAAGACGAGAAGUUUUCAAAUGUUUGCAACGUUUCUUUUAUUGGUGUUCUUCGUAUCGCCAUCUUCUACUUGGGCUCUUACGACUUUUGGCAAAACCAAUCCUCAAACCUCGAAUCAAAAUUCUCAUCCAUCGCCUACACCAGUUGGGAGAGCUCGGGAAUGUAAGUUGGAGUCUGAUUGCGCUGGAAUUCAAAAUACGACAUGUAUAGCGGAUCCUCGAGACGGAAGGACACGUUGCCUUUGCGGAGAUUAUUCCGCACCUCUUAACGGCGCGUGUAUUAACAAAUUCAAAGCGUUACAUUUUUCAUGUAACAAUGAUUCUGAAUGCAUUAAUGGGGCACAUUGCGUACAACUAAACGUUACCUUGGGAAAACGCUGCUAUUGUCAAGAAGGAUAUUAUGAAGAAAAUCCUUUAGUUUGCAAUGGUGGUAUAUCUAUUCUUGCAUUUCACACGCUAUAUCUCUUAAUUAGUUUAAUUAUUGUAAAACAUAAUUUUAGUUUUAUAUAAAUCAUUUACAAUUGAAAUAUAUUAUUUUAAAUGAAUGUAAAAAAAUUGUAUUAAUUUUAAAAUUAUGUAUGGUAAAUUUUUAAAUUUUCAAUCA